AUGAUCGGACGGAAUGACCAACAGCGCUGGUGGUCCGUACAGAACAGUGCAGCGUCGUCACUGCGACCAGGACGCCGCAAACAGCACGGGCAGUCAGAGCUCGUGUCGUGCAAGCCCUCGUUCGGCACACCGCCCGGCCCGCUUCGGCUGUUGCUCCUGUCGGUCCAGCGCAGCGGCGGCUCUGGUCACGUCCCCAGAGGGUCCAGCACUGCGGCGCGGGCCCUGGUCACCUGGACGGCUGCCCCGCGCCCCAAGCUACGGGGCCCGCCAGCGCAUCGUCGUGGCCGCUCGCGCUGCGCACCUCGCCCCGUGACCGCCCAAGGGCAUCGUCGCUGGAAUGUUUUGCUUUUCCCCGAGCGCCGUCGGCCCCAGGAGAGAAAAGGAAGGGGAGAGGGGGGAUGGACUCCUCCUCCUCCUCCUCCUCCUCCUCCUCCUCCUUCUCCUCCUCCGUGCCUCGUCGGUUUCAGCCUUGGCCAGCCCAUCCGCCGCGGCCCAAGGAGGAUUUCUUGUUCUCCCGUCCUCGACCGGUUCGUCCAUGCAUCCAUUCGUUCGCUCGACGACGUUGAAACUCGAAGCGGCGCGCGGCGGAAGCGACCCUUAUCCGGCUGGCCCUCGGGCCCUGAGACGAGACAAGGGUCCCCGUUCGCCGGCGAGGCGAAACCGGGCGGCGGCGGCGGCGGAGGCGGAGGCGGGCAGGGCAGGGGAGGGCAAGGCGUCCAUCUCGACCAUGCGUCGAGCCUCCAUCGCAGCCCCCUGCCGGGAUCGACGGCCCAUUGGGAGACGGGCCCGCGAACCUAG